ACUUGGACGUGCCUUGCUGUGUGUCACUGGCUGGGAAAUCUAACGGGAGAAACAUCCGAGACAAAGAUUCCUGGACCCGAGUGACACCAACCAAAUAUACAUAAAUCAGGACAAAACACUGAGUGGAAGACACCCACUCUGGCUCAACACGGAGAAGAUGGAGAGUCUUAAGGCAAAGAGCUGCUGAUUAGACAAUUGCAGCAGCCCACACUUGCUUUAGCAGAUACUUGUGCUCGCUUUACCCUCCAAGGAACUGAGACAGGGCCUAAUUUAAUGAAGAUCAGAAAGAAGGUCUCCUAGAUAAGAAGAAAGCAGACUGGCUUUUGGGAGAAAGAUAAAAUCUGACUGGACCGCUGGAGGAAUUCCAAGGGAGAAGAACUGGCUAUAAAAGCUCGAUCGUUCCAGUGAGGAUAUCCUGGAAGCUGAAUGUAACCCGACACAGGCAUUCCCUGCCAGAGAUUUCAACCAGAAAAACCAAAUGGGUGAAGAAGGCUUGAAGAAAAGAAAAGGAGAGGACAAAGGAAGAGAGGACACAAAGUCCAUUCAGAGUCAUGAACCCCAAAAGACGAACCUACAGAAACAGGUGGGCCUCAUCAGUGGAAUCUGUAUGAUUGUGGGGACCAUUAUUGGGUCAGGUAUCUUUGUUUCUCCAAAAUCAGUCCUUGCCAAUGUUGAAGCUGUGGGUCCUUGUUUAACCAUCUGGGCAGCCUGUGGAGUUCUGGCCACGUUAGGUGCCCUUUGCUUUGCCGAGCUCGGCACGAUGAUCACGAAAUCUGGAGGAGAAUAUCCUUACCUCAUGGAGGCCUUUGGCCCCAUUCCAGCCUUUCUGUUUUCCUGGACGAGUUUGCUGGUGACCAAGCCCAGCUCCUUCGCCAUCAUUUGUCUCAGCUUCGCAGAAUACGCCUCGGCUCCUUUUUUCCCGGGCUGUGAUCCCCCCAAGGCUGUCAUCAAGUGUCUCGCAGCAGCAGCCAUCGUGGUAAUUACCAUUGUGAAUUCACUGAGUGUGAAGCUGGGGAGUUACCUCCAGAAUUUUCUCACGGCUGCUAAAAUGAUCAUUGUCACAAUCAUUAUUGUAAGUGGCAUUGUUCUCCUUGCACAAGGAAAAACUGAAAACUUCAAAGAUUCUUUCAAGGACAGUAAAAUUUCUAUCAGCUCUAUCAGUCUGGCAUUUUACAAUGGACUCUGGGCAUAUGAUGGAUGGAAUCAACUCAAUUACAUCACAGAAGAACUUAAAAAUCCUUACAGAAACCUACCACUCUCUAUAAUUAUUGGGAUCCCCUUGGUUACAGUUUGUUACGUUCUGAUAAACGUCUCCUAUUUCACCGUCAUGACUUCGACAGAACUCCUGCAGUCCCAGGCAGUUGCUGUGACAUUUGGAGACAGGGUCCUUUAUCCAGCCUCGUGGAUAGUUCCUCUCUUUGUGGUGUUUUCUACAAUUGGAUCUGCCAAUGGGACCUGUUUUACUGCAGGCAGACUUGUUUAUGUUGCAGGCCGGGAGGGGCACAUGCUGAAGCUGUUGUCUUACAUCAGUGUUAAACGCUUAACACCAGCCCCUGCCAUCAUGUUUUAUGGGGCCAUUGCUAUUAUUUAUAUUAUCCCUGGUGACAUCGAAACGCUCAUAAAUUAUUUCAGUUUCGCCGUCUGGAUAUUUUAUGGUCUGACCGUGUUUGCACUCAUUGUCAUGAGGUUUACAAGGAAGCACCUUGAAAGGCCUAUCAGGGUGCCCAUCAUCAUUCCCGUCAUAGUGACUCUGGUCUCCAUUGUCCUGGUGUUGGCACCAAUCAUCAGCGCCCCUGAACUGGCCUAUUUGUACUGUAUUUUAUUUAUCCUCAGUGGACUUAUAGUUUAUGCACUUUUUGUUCAUUUUAAAUUCAGCUGGGCCCAGAAAAUAUCAAAUCCCAUCACUAUGCACCUCCAGAUGCUUUUGGAAGUUGUUCCAGCAGAAGAAGUUGCCACAUGAAAUGUUUCCUUCCUACCAGGUUGCUUUUAAGUGCUGUACUGGUUGAAGCAGACUCAAUUUAGUUUGGCAGAUACAUAUUCUUGCUAAAUUGUUAUGUUCUUACUGGUGUGUUAUUUUUGCAGCCCUUUAG